AUGCAUUUUGUUGCGUUGUCCUUACUUGGGCUAGCCUCGGCAGCGACCAUCCAGAGACGUGACGGUUUCUCUGACGGUGAACCGAUCAAUGAUGCCACGGGCAAGGGCGCUCCUAUCAUCGGCGGUACAAACCAUGAACUUGACCUUCAGAACCCGGACAACUUGGGAGAGGAGACCACCGAUGCUGGCUACGUUCCGAAUCUCAAAUGGAGCUUCUCUGAUUCUAAGACGAACAUCUAUCCUGGAGGCUGGAGUCGUGAGCAGAUCAUCUCGGAUCUCCCGCUAAGCACUGAUAUUGCCGGCGCCCAACAGCAUCUGAAAAAGGGUGCUAUCCGUGAACUUCACUGGCAUCGCACGGCCGAAUGGGGGUUCCUUUACAAUGGAUCGCUACUCUUGUCUGCCGUUGAUGAAAAUGGCAAAUACCAGGUUGACAGACUGGAGGCUGGGGACGUAUGGUACUUUCCUCCCGGUAUCGCACACACCGUCCAGGGACAAGAUGACCAGAACGAAUAUCUUCUUGCAUUUGACGACGGCGACUUUGAAGCUCAAGGCACUACCUUUAUGAUUGACGACUGGGUCGCCCAUACCCCCAAAGAUAUCUUGGCUAAGAAUUUUGGUGUUGGCGCUUCCGUGUUUGACAACGUCCCCCAGAGUUUUCCAUAUAUCUUAAACGGUACAGUCAGCAACGAUACCCACAUUGUCGGCCCAGCUGGCGCUCUAGUUGGCAACAGCUCUUAUGUCUAUCACGCUAAGGAUCACCCUCUGGAGGAGGUCCCCGGCGGUGGUGGCACAUUCCGUCGUAUCGAUUCCACCACAUUCCCUGUUGCUAAGACGAUUGCAUCCGGAUUUUUCACCUUGGAGCCAAAGGGGCUACGUGAACUUCAUUGGCAUCCCAACGCUCAGGAAUGGGUCUAUUUUCACCAAGGAACCGCCCGUGCUACCGUGUUUAUUGGUGGUCAGAAAGCACGCACAUUUGAUUUCCGCGCUGGCGACACUGCCGUCUUUCCUACCAACAGUGGUCACUACAUUGAGAAUACUUCUGAAGAUGAAGAGCUUAUCUGGAUUGAGAACUUCAAAAGCGAUACAGUUGAAGAUAUUUCUCUCACCCAAUGGCUUGCUCUUACCCCUCACGACGUCGUUGCGACUGUCCUUAAAGUCCCUAUUGAGGUUGUCGAUAAGCUGAAGACGGAGAAGCAGAUUCUGAUAAAGGGGAACUAG